GAGUCACAGCAGUUCUGCCGCAAGACACCGCCGAGGCUGCGGAGAAAUCCCCGUCUGAUGUCUUCUGAUAACGAUAACUUUGCCCUGUCGGAGUAAAUAAUGCUUCCAAAAUGGCAGAUUCGCAAUCGUCGUCUGGUCCAGCGACCGCUCCAACCGCCCAGAAUCCUGGCACUGGAUAUACGCCAGGCGAUGAUGCGUGGACGCAAUGGCGGAAUAUUUUUGCUAUACUCACGGGGAAGAUGACCGACGAAGGGAAGGAACAGUUCCGUGUCGCAAGAGAUAUCCGGAAUGAAGCUGCAGACUGCAAGAGUUGCGAAGGUCACAGGGAUUAUCUAUUACAGUACAGUCCGGUUAUCCGCUUUCUCAGCGACAACAUUCGACAACUCGGAGGCGAUCUCUCGAGCCAUAACAUUUACUGCCGCCGCUGUACGAAGAGGAAGGCUGGAGGGUUUGACCCCGAGUAUGGUAUACUACUCUGUGCCAAUGAAUUGAAAGACAGGGGUCACCUGGAGGAUACCCUUGCGCAUGAGAUGGUUCAUGCCUAUGACCAUCUGAGGUUCAAAGUGGAUUGGACAGCCGACUUAAGACAUGCCGCCUGUACAGAGAUCCGAGCAAGUUCGCUUAGUGGGGAGUGCAGAUGGGCACGAGAAUUUUUCCGAAGAGGCCAGUGGAAAUUCACACAGCAACAUCAAGAAUGUGUGCGGAGGAGAGCUAUUCUGUCAGUAAGAGCAAGGCCUGCUUGCAAAGAUGAAGCCCACGCGGAAAGAGUCGUGAAUGAAGUCUGGGAUAGUUGUUUCAGGGACACGCGACCUUUCGACGAGAUAUAUCGAUGAUAUAUAGUACCAUAUUGCACACAAUCAACUUCAGGCUUUCAUAAUUCUCC